AUGACGACGCUGUUCCUGCUGUACGAGUCUGCGGCUGGGUACGCGCUCUUUGAGCGGCUGGAGUCCGAGGUUGUGGCGACGGAGGAUGCCGAGUGGCAGAAGUCAAUGCAGGACCUGGGCAAGUUUGGUAAGAUUGUUAAGAUGAAGGGCUUUGCGCCGUUCCUCUCGGCCGAGGCGUCGCUGGCGAACAUCAACGACGUGUCGGAGGGCCUGCUCAACGAGUUUCUGCAGGACUUUCUGGUGACGUACAUGCCCAAGGCGAAGGGCAAGGUCGAGCUUGGUGUGGCGGAUCCCGCGCUCGGCUCGGCCAUCCAGUCGGCGACCUCGAUCUCGUGCGUGUCGAACAAGAUGGUGCGCGAGCUGCUCCGCGGCGUGCGGCUCCACUUUGAUGCCUUUAUCUCUGAGCUCGAGGACGGCGACCUGGAGAAGGCGCAGCUUGGUCUCGGGCAUGCGUUCUCGCGGGCUAAGGUCAAGUUCAACGUCAACCGUGUGGACAACAUGAUUAUCCAGUCGAUUGCCAUGCUCGACGUGCUCGACAAGGACCUCAACACCUUUGCCAUGCGCGUCAAGGAGUGGUACUCGUGGCACUUCCCGGAGCUGGUCAAGAUCGAGUCGGACAACGUCAAGUUCACCCGGCUUGUACUCCUCAUCGGCGACAAGGUGACCGUGUCCGAGGAGACGCUUGACGGCAUCGAGCAGAUUGUGGGCGAUGCGACGACGGCGCAGUCGAUCCUUGUUGCGGCGCGGACGUCGAUGGGCCAGGACAUUGCCGAGAUCGACCUGACCAACGUCACGCACUUUGCCGAGCGCGUCAUUGCGCUUGCCGACUACCGGACCGGCCUCCACGCGUACCUGCAGGAGAAGAUGAACACGUGUGCGCCGAACCUCGCCGCCCUCAUCGGCGAGUACGUCGGUGCCCGCCUCAUUGCGCACGCUGGCUCGCUGACCAACCUCGCCAAGUACCCGGCGUCGACCGUCCAGAUCCUCGGUGCCGAGAAGGCCCUGUUCCGGGCGCUCAAGACGCGCGGCAACACGCCCAAGUACGGCCUGCUCUACCACUCGUCCUUUAUCGGCCGCGCGGCGACCAAGAACAAGGGCCGCAUCUCGCGCGUCCUCGCCAACAAGUGCUCCAUCGCCUCGCGCCUCGACGCCUUCUCGGACGUCCCCACCGCCAAGUUUGGUGAGAUGCUGCGCGACCAGGUCGAGGAGCGCCUUGCCUUUUACUCCACCGGCAAGGCCCCGCGCCGCAACAAGGACGUCAUGAAGGAGGUCAUCGCCGAGCUCUCAGCCGAGGGCCUCUACGAUUCGCUCAACGCCGAGGCCGGCGCCUCGGCUGACAAGCCCUCCCGCAAGCGCGCCCGCGACGACGACUCGGACGACUCGGACGACGACGAGCCGGCCAAGAAGAAGAAGAAGAAGUCCAAGUCCAAGGACAAGUCCAAGUCCAAGGACAAGGCCAAGUCCAAGUCCAAGGACAAGAAGAAGUCCAAGAAGAAGUCCAAGAAGUAAGCUGCCUACCAGGCCGCCUGCAGACAAUCUCCCCCCCCCCAUCUAAACCACUCUAACAUCCA